CCUCCUUUCUUUCCAGUUUCCACAUCCAUCCAUCGAUCCCAUUCCAGAUCCCCCGUCUCCUCGCUGUCUUGCCCGAUGGAGAGAGCUCACCUCCUCCCUUCCAGAUCCAUCGCUGCCGCCGCCACCUCCCUCCGGCGGAGCUAGCCGUCGUUCAUGGCCUCCCCCAUGACCCCUCCUCUCGCCCCUCCCCUUCCCUCACCACCCAACCUAACCAACCAGCCCACCACACACCCACACCUCGUUACCGACGCGCCGCCGCCGUCCCCCACGAAUGGUGUCGUCCCCAUGAUCUGGAUCCCCAUGAACCAGCUGUUGGCGACCAUCCACUCCGCUGCCGGCGCCACCUCCCCUCCCCUCCCCUCCCCUUCCUGGCUUGAGAUCCACUCCUCUCCAAUCCCACCCGCGCUCCACAGUCGAACCCUACUCGCGCGCGCGCCAGGGGCCGCCCCGAUCUGCAAGAUGUGGCGCAGCCGCGUGUCGCGGGGCCUCUAGGAGGCACAGGGCGCCACCGCCGCCGCAUCCAGGCGCUUCUCCACCAGCUCACUAUCCCCUCUUCCUCCUCCUGUGCCCCCAAAUCCAGCCCCGCCGCCGAGCACAUCUGCCUUGCCACUAGCGACUCUGCCCUCUACCCCGCUGCCGGCUCCCCACACCAUCUACUCCCCCCUCGCCUACAUACCGACUCGACCUAGGCUGGCCGCGUCCUCCAGAUCCGUCGGCAGAGGAGGAGGAGGCGCCUCCUCCCACCGCCAUAGCGCCCUCCAACCUGCUCUCCUUCCUCGCGCGUGCCCGGAACCCUAGCCACGGCACUCGAGGAGUGCUGGUGGUGCACCGAGCGCUGCCUCGAUUGGGGCGUCUGCGGCGGCCCCGACCUCAUCGUCAGCGACGCCACGCUGCUCAUCCACCAUGGCGUCAAGGCCGACGAGGAGUCCGGCAAGGUCGUCGACCCGGAGUCCACCGACAACCCCGUCAUGCUCACCAUCGUCCGCACAAGUACCGCAAGAUGGAGGAGAGGCUCGUCAGCGUCUCCGAGGAGACCACCACCAGCGUCAAGCAGAUGCAGGAGUCUGGCACUCUCCUGUUCCACACCAUCAACGUCACCAAGAGCAAGGUUGCUUUGAUCUGUACAAGCUGCUGCUGCAGGUGGACAAGGAAGCCCUCAUGGCUGAUGCUGCACUACAAUCUGCUUUACAUUUUUUGAACAAGAUUGGUACUGUUAUGUGUGUGAUCCUCCAGCUCCAUGCAAGCACUAGGGCAAAGGGCUCUGUCAAGCAGGUCUCCUGGUAGUAUACUGUGUUGGUGAUGUUUUUUCGUUAAUGGGAUCAUUUGAACCUGGAUGUCAUGUGUUAUGUGAUCUGAGCCAUAUGGCAUAUUGUAAAAAAUUUAUGUAUGAUGUUUUUUCGUUGUUGGGAUCAUGUGAAGAUGUACUUUUGAAAUGUUGCUUUGACAACAAACUUGUAUUCCUGUGUACAUCCUGCUUUGACAGCAAAACUAUGAAAAUUUCUCAACAAUAUAUAUUGGUUAAAUAUCCGUUCUCCAA